AUGUCGCAGCAAUCCGAAUCAUCCCACACCGCACAAGACUACAUCGCCUCCCAGCUCUCCCUCGAGGCCGACGCCCGCGAGGCCCUUCCCUACCAGUUCGACACCUGCACCAAGCCGCUUGGCCCUCUGCGACAGUCGGUCUACGCAUGUCUCACGUGCACCCCGCCUCCCGCAUCGCCUCAUCAACAGUUCACCCCCGCCGGCGUCUGCUACAGCUGCAGUAUCAGCUGUCAUGGCGAGCAUACUCUGGUUGAGAUCUUCACCAAGCGGGAUUUUGUUUGCGACUGCGGUACGACGAGACUGAGCACUUCUUGUGCACCGUGUAAUCUUCGAUUAAAUGCUGCGACGGGCAGCAAGGGAGGUGUCACUGGGGAAGAGGCAAGGGACGGCAACAAAUACAACCACAACUUCCAGGGCAAGUUCUGUGGGUGCGGCGAGGAGUACGAUCCGGAGAAGGAGAAGGGGACUAUGUUCCAGUGCUUGGGAUUGGGACAUGUGGAGGAUGGAGGUUGUGGUGAGGAUUGGUGGCAUCCAGAGUGUUUGAUGGGCUUGCCGAGAGGAUCGCAGGAAGUGAAGCAGGAGCCGAAGAAGGAGAGCAAUGGCGCGUUGGAGACGGUUCAGGAAGAGGCUGAAGAUGGCGCUGAUCUGCCUGUCACGGAUGGUGCUACUCAAACCAUCCCAGGCGAUGACGCUCCGCCGGGUUUCCCACACGAAGACGACUUCGACCACCUCAUUUGCUAUAAAUGCGCGAAUGCCUUCCCUUGGAUCAAGCAGUACGCUGGCACUGAAGGGUUCUUGCGUCCACUUUCUUCAGACGGGUCUGCAGCUCAAACAAAUGGUGAAGCUCAGGAAGCCACGCAAACUACAUCAGAACCAGACAACAAGAAGAGGAAGGCCGAGGAAGAUCCAGAGGAAUCUCAGGAAAGCAAUAAGAGAGCUAAAGUCGAUGAUGAUUCCACACCGGUAGAGCCUGCUGAGGUCGUGUCCAACGGCAACCCUCCAAAGGACAAGCACGAGUCGCUGCCACCUGCACCGGCAGGCUCGGUCUCCAUCUUCGUCAAAGAAGAUUUCCGAGAGCAUCUCUGCCGCUGCCCCGGAUGCUUUCCACGCCUGGCGAAGCAUGCGCAACUCCUCGAGGAAGAGGAUACGUACGAGCCACCCGUAUCAGAGUCCGAUCACGACGAGAACGGGUCUGUCGCCGGUCGUAGUGUCAACUCCGGCUCGUUGCUCGAUCGCGGAGAAGCAGCUCUUUCAUCCAUGGACCGCGUGCGCGCUAUCGAAGGCGUAAUGGCCUACAACAUGGUGCGCGACAAGGUGAAGGCCUUCUUGCAGCCCUUCGCGGAAAGUGGGCAAGCAGUUGGAGCAGAGGAUAUCAAGGCAUACUUCGCCAAGCUGCGUGGUGAUGAUCAAGCUAUCAACGAAGCUGCCGUUGGUGCUGAAAACGGUGGUGCGGUUCAGGGCGAUGGCCGCAAGGAGCAAGACGGGUAUUGA